AUGAAGCGUCUUGGCUUGCAAGAAAUUCCCUUGUCUCCUCCUAUGGUGGUUACUACUGCCAUGGAUAAUGUGGUUGAGACACCAUUGAUUUGUGAAAAUUGUUCGCUCUCGGUGAAUGGUAGAAAUUUCCAGAUUGAUCUUAUUUAUUUACCACUUAAGAAGGUUGAUGUGGUUUUGGGGAUGGAUUGGCUUUCCGCCAAUUCGGUGUUUAUUGGAUGUGAAGAUAAGUUGAUUAUCAUUCCAUCUAGUGAAAUUGCUCCAAAGGAUGUGCUAACUACUAUCUUGGAAGGUACGAUUGGCAUGGUUAAUUUCUUAUUUGAGAAUGAAAAGUCAGUUCUCUUGGUUCUUACCACAGAAUAUAGCGAUAAUCUGAGUGUUACACAAAUCCCUUUUGUUUGUGAAUUUCCGGAAGUUUUUCCUGAGCAUGUCACCUCUCUUCCUCCUGAAAGGGAAGUGUAA